CCUCGAAUCCCUCUGGCGCCGUCUAGAUGCACAUCCACGCGACCUUCAAGUUGUGUUUGUUAACGCCUAAGCGAUUACCCGUGUCCGGUUGUUGACAUGAUCCAACUGGCCCGCAAGGUAGAUCGGGUUUCCACCUUCAGGAGCAGGAAAAAAAGGAUCGACACCAGACGAAACAGGAAGCGCAACAAACGGCUUUUGCAAUCGGCGCAGAAACGGGUGCGAGUGGGAGCAACACACGCAACGAGCAACUCCGUCCACACACAAACAUGCACAAGCAACAACAACAAAAAAAGAAAGAAAAAAAGAAAAGAUGCACGAAGCGCGUGCGUCAGUGUACGAUCACUCGAUCGCGACCUCAGCAUCAGUUUCGAGUGGUUAAUCGAUCGUGUUCGGUUCCCACAGCGACAGUGCGUCUAGCUCAGCUCCAGCGUGCUCGCUUUUCCGAGUUUUCCCACGACACCGUGCGUGCGUGCGUGUGUGUGUGCGGUUUUUGGUGUCGUGUGGGUGGUGCACGAGAUCGAUUUGUUUACAUCGCGAAGGAAUUUGGCCUUCAAACAGCUGUGGUACGGUCUGUCAGUACACCGAGCUGUCAGUUGUCAGCGUGAGGCUGCCGAUGACAGCGAUGGCGAACCAACGGAGCAGAACGAUCGCGAACGAUCGUGUAGGUGGUGGACGAAACAUCCUCACCCUAGUACUGCUGGUGGUGCUGAGUGGACCCGCUCUACUACUGCUGGCCGACGACCAGAUCCAACAUGCGUCCGAUGAGAUGCUGUACGAUGGUGACGCGUGCGUGCUGCGAAACGGAACAGCUGGUAUAUGCCGGCCUGCGAACCGCUGCGAUUGGGUGAUGGAGAAGCCUCACCCAACGCAGGAGCUGAUCACCUGCUCCUUCAACUGGUCGCUCCCGAUCGUGUGCUGCCCGGUGCGGGUUGAGGCAAGGAUCACGAGUGAACCACCUGCGACUCCACCACCAGCAGUAGGCACCCGUGCCGCGGAGGUGCACUGCCAGCGACCUUCAGGUGGCAGUGGGCUAUCCGAUCAUAUCUUCAAGGGUGUCUUCGCUCAGUACGGUGACUUCCCGUACAUAGCCGCCCUUGCGUUUGAGCCACCGAAUGGUACCGCUCCUGCCGGUGGCACACGCUUCGGGUGUGGUGCGAGCUUGAUCUCCUCAACCUACCUGCUAACGGCCGCCCACUGUGCCUCCAAAAAGCCGGCAUUUGCACGCCUCGGUGUACUCGAGCUGGAGCCUGCGAUCGUCGUCGAUGAACCACUCGACAUUGCGAUCGCAAACGUGACGCUACACCCAGCGUACAACAGGAUCUCGUACGAGCACGACAUCGCCCUACUCGAGCUAGCCGAAGCGGUACCUAACGAUCUGCCAUUCGUGCGGCCAGUUUGUCUGCACACAAACACCUCCGAGAGCUAUCCGCUCGAUCCCAACCAGUUGCUCUGGAUUGCGGGCUGGGGCGCGCAGGAACCGGACGAUGAUAAAAAACCACCACCGCUGCUGAAGGCAAACGUCAGUCUAAUUGCGCGGGCUGACUGUAGCACUAGCCUACCACGCACACGGUUCAACCCGAACGGACCCCAUCCGAGCCAGCUGUGUGCGCUCGGGCGCAACAUGAAGAACGAAACCACCGCUGACACCUGUCCCGGUGACUCGGGUGGGCCGGUUGAGCUGACGGUUCACGCGCGACACUAUCUCGUCGGUGUCACGUCACUCGGGUAUCCGUGUGGGUCACCUUAUCCGGGUCUUUACACGGCGGUGGAACCGUAUCUCGAUUGGAUCGAAUCGAUCGUCUGGCCGGACGGGUGUCACGCCAUGUGUUGGAUUCAUCAACACCGCGGUGAGCUGCUGGUGCUGGUCGGGCUGGCCGGGAUGGUUUGUGUUGCCGUUGCGCUUCCGCAACCUUCCACCAUCUUUGAGGACACCACGCUGUACGAGGGCGACACCUGCAGCUUACCGGGAAUGCCGGCUGGGACAGGCGUGUGUCGGAAGGCGAUGGUUUGCCCCCAAGGCAUCCGGUUCAACGGUGACCGGUGCGAGUUUAGCGGCAAUGAUCCGGUCGUGUGCUGCCCAGGUCCGAACACGCCUAAAAGAAGCGAUGCCGCCGUCAAUCGCAUCACAACGCGCAUUUCCAAGCAGGAAUGCGAACGGAUCAACAGCAGAUCCGGUUCACUUAGCAGCCACGUGUCUGGGAGACGGCUGGAGGCCACUCUGGGGGAGUUUCCCUUCAUGGCGUACGUGAACUUCGGCCCAGAGGCAGGCAUCUCCUGUGGGGCGGCUCUUAUCGCGAAGCGGUUCCUGCUGUCGGCGGCACAUUGCUACAACAGCACGGGAACACCGGUCAGCGUGUUGCUGGCGAUGGUACGUUUGGGUGAUGCGGAACGAGACGAGUACCAGGUGCGGACGGUGCACAUCCACAGCGGAUAUAAGCACCGACGGAACGAUCUGGCACUGAUCGAGUUGACGCGUGACGUCGUGUUCGACACCAACGUUAACCCGAUCUGUCUGAACACCGAUCUGCUUGACAUUGGCUCGACGGUUAACCUCACCAUCAUGGGUUGGGGCGUCAACGGUGACGGCGAGGCCACCGACAAGCUGUGGAAGGCAACAGUGAAGGAGGUGCAGGUUGAUCAGUGCCAAACACAGUUCCGUGAGCAUAAGCUUGGCAUCAGUAUUGGGCAGAACCACGUGUGCGCCUUGGGCGAGAAGUGGAUGGAUGAAUUCACGGACGCGUGCACGGGUGAUUCGGGCGGACCGUUGGUCAUGCAAGUCCAGAGCAAGUUUUUCCUGGUCGGGGUUGUGUCCACGGGACCGCCGUGUGGCAGCAACCUGCCCGGCGUGUACACCCGUGUCUCCAGCUAUCUCGAUUGGAUCGAAGAGAUCGUCUGGCAGAGCAAGCAGUGAGCUGCAUAUUGGCCCUCGGUUACGCCGUCUAUUGUAUAUAGCGUAGUUGAAGCAUACACGAGUGGGGCUGUGAUUCCAUACCACAAAACUGCCCCGGAAUCGAAAACUUAUGACGCGAAUAGAUAGAUCUUUGAAUAGUACCUAGAGACGGAUCGAUUGUGCACGGGGAAGAGAAGGAACUACCUGAACGAUACAAGUGGCAGCGUGUAAAAUUGGCAGAACCAACCGUUGCCCAAUGAGAGAUUCCCUUUCGCCAUUGACUUUGCUAGUUGUGCUCAUCCACUGGAUAUUUAAUGUUAUUAAGUGAACAUACCGCAAUUGAGAGCUUGGUACGCUCAUAGAUUCGUACACACGUGUCUUCUUUUUUUUAGUAUACAAUAAACAUUGUUUAUUUCUACGU